GUCGCUUUCCUGGGAGAACAGCUUAUCAUGAAGGUUCGAACGAUUUCCACGCUCCAGCCGUCUCCCGUGGGGUCAUCGGGGAUGGAAGGGUACUGCCUGGUGCCUUUAGAAGAUGGGAUGGGCCACAUCAUCUACGAGAUCAGGCUGCCUGAACACUACAAGGGGAAACUCGCACCUGCAUUCGAAAACACGGAUCACAUCUACUACUGUAUAGCUGGGAAAAUAUCCGUCGAGUUCGAAGGUGAAUCUGCCAGAAAGCUUGAAGCCGAUGACUUCUUGGCAAUGCCUGGAUAUACCACUUGUUCCAUUACUGUGUUAGAGCCAGUGAGGUUGAUGGUCGUGUACUGCCCAGCCACAGGGAACACCUCAAGGCCGAGAUACGUCCACAAAUCUUUGAAAGAAGUCAUUGCCUCUGACCUGAACGUGGCGUGGGGAAACGGAGAAAGCAGGCGAUUUCUAGUAAAGAAAGAUGGCUAUUCUGUGGCUAUUUCCAACACCCUUGGAUAUCCCAAUAAACAGUCUUAUUUGGAGUACAAGAACCUACUGGAAAGUGCAUACUACAUUGGGGGCGUGGGUAAAUACGUCUGGGAUGACGACCGGGCGGAGCACACGUACGGGAGAGAUGAAGAUGUUAAAGGGACUAUGAUGGUGAUGGAUAAGCAUGACCCUCAUGUUAUGACUAUAGAAGAAGAGACCAGUAUUUGUUUGUGCACGUUCUCGCCGCCGAUCGUUGGAGACGAGGUGCACACACUAGAUGGCUCAGGCUAUUCUAGUUAUUAGUACAGUAGAACCUCUCUAUUAAGGACACCCUCCGGACUGACUAGUGCUGUCCUUGGUACCAAAGUGGUUUCCUUUGGGAAGAGUGUCCUAUCAAAAUAGGCUUUGCACUCAAACAAUAUACUGUAUAAACCUCACUAGGACACCCUCGGGACUGACUAGUGUUAUCCUUUAUAGCGAGGUGAUUGGAGAGAUCAAAUUGAAUGGAAACAACUACAGUAGAACCUCUCUAUUAAGGACACCCUCGGUACUGACAAGUGCUGUCCUUAAUAGAGGUGUCCUGAUUAGAAAGGUCAAAUUGAAUGGAAAACACCAUUUAGGGACCAAAACUAGUGUCCGUAGUAGAGAGGUUGUCAUUAAUAAAGAGGUGUCCCUUAGUGAACACCUCUGUUAGAAGGAUACCCUCUCCAAUAUUAUGCUACCAAAUAUUCUUGGCCAAUAGCGUAAACUCGAUUCACAUCAUGUGAUUUCAAGUCAUCACAUCGUAUCGGAUCCAAAAAAGCAAUAACGGAUCCAAAAAAAUGUCGUAACGGAUCCUAAAAGGUUUUAAUCCAAUAAAAAUGAAGUUUAUAGUAUAUUUCAUUAAAAACAAAUUGUUUCAUUAUUUUCCUUUGGAUUGAUUUCUUUGCCAAGACAUUUGGUUGCAUAAUAUAGCAAAUAGUGGAUGUUUAAGGUCGUCCAAUAUGGAAUUUUGCUGGACUCAGAAAUGUCAUGGCGGACGAGGCUUUGCGAGUGUAUAAUAGCGACAAUAAUAAUCUAAGUUAAGGAAUCUUGGGGUGGCUUUCUUGAGUGAGAAAUGUUUUGGCCUUUCUGAAGUUCAAGAUUCUUAAAUAAUAAUCAUGUUAAUGUAUGUUUUCUUGGUAUGAUUCCUCUCUCUAGCUCUUCAAGUUGGGCAAAAAGUACACUCGGCGCAUUAUGCAGGUACAUUUUCUUACCCAAAUGUCACUCCUGUCCAAACAGCAUUGCCCUCACAUGUUUGAGAGAAAAAACACCAAUGAUGAAGAACCCCAGCCUAAUAGUACACUGUUUUUGUAAUACAAAUGCAACUCCAUCAGAAAUGCCAUCCCAAAGCUUACCAUGCUUCAUCAAGCAUCCCUGUAGACCUUAGGCAACUUUGAACAGUUUUUAGAUACCACUUUAGUGGCCUCUGACUUCAAAGAAGAUCAUCUUAUUCCCCUAGGACUUGACGGCUCAGAAGUUGGCAGGAUUUUUUGCGAGUUUACUUCCCGUGGUUGAACGAAAGUGAGUCAACGCCACGCGUUCUUUAGCGCGUAGUGAAUUGCAAAUUGUGGUUUUACAAUGUCCAGAUCCCAAGUCAUGGAUACUCAAACAUAAACUGACAAACAAUAGCAUGCAGGUCUUCUAUUUAUUUCAGAUUUGACUGGAAAACUGAAAAAGCAACAAUCUGUCAACCUCUGCAACAACUGCCACAUCUUUUGGAUGGGGUUAUGAACCUUGAGGCCUCUUUUCGACAGGGUUCUGAAGCUUUGGGCAUCUUUUAGACUGGGUUCCGAUGCUUUGGUUCUCUUUUGGACAAGGUUCUGAUGAUUUGGGCCACACUGUAUAACCAAUCUCCCCUGCACUCUUCCCUCCCUGAAAGUGUACAUUGCUCCCCUCCUGUAACAUUCGGUAAUUCUAAACAGCAAUUUCCUCAACCAAUUUACAUUUAUACCACUAUAAGCUUCUAACAACCUGGUCACGGAAGAGUUUCUAAGUGCAUACAAGUAUUGCCACUCAAAAACAAGACCCCUAAAUGCCACUACUACAAGGGAUAAUAGGGGAAUGAUAGGCCAGCCACGAGAUUUUGUCAUCUAUAGAAUAUUAAAAGGAUGUUGGAAUCUGGUCAGAGUAGGAUCAGAUAGGCUGAUUGAGUAGGCCAGAAAUGACAGAGGCAGAUUCUGACUGACAACAUGACUGAUGGAUGCCAGACAGGCAAUAUUUUGGGUAAACAGCCACAUAUUAUUUUAAUAUUUCGAGAUUUUAUUUUAGGACUGAUAUUUUGAUCUCCAGGGCCUUUGGUGAAAGCCGAACAGAUCUUUAGGGGCAAUGGCAAUAUAAUCUUUUACAAACCAACGUGAUUUUAUCACUCAGUAAAUGUUUUUUAGGUAAUGUUUCUAUCAUAUUUGGGUAAUAUAUAAGGUGUCUGUACUGGUAAUGUUUCUAUCAUAUUUGGGUAAUAUAUAAGGUGUCUGUACUGGUAAUGUUUCUAUCAUAUUUGGGUAAUAUAUAAGGUGUCUGUACUGGUAAUGUUUCUAUCAUAUUUGGGUAAUAUAUAAGGUGUCUGUACUGGUAAUGUUUCUAUCAUAUUUGGGUAAUAUAUAAGGUGUCUGUACUGGUAAUGUUUCUAUCAUAUUUGGGUAAUAUCUAAGGUGUCUGUACUGGUAAUGUUUCUAUCAUAUUUGGGUAAUAUAUAAGGUGUCUGUACUGGUAAUGUUUCUAUCAUAUUGUGUAAUAUAUAAUGUGUCUGUACUGGUAAUGUUUCUAUCAUAUUGUGUAAUAUAUAAUGUGUCUGUACUGGUAAUGUUUCUAUCAUAUUGUGUAAUAUAUAAGGUGUCUGUACUGGUAAUGUUUCUAUCAUAUUGUGUAAUAUAUAAGGUGUCUGUACUGGUGAUAGUUGUGCAAAUAAAAUAAUUGUAAUCGUAUCAAGU